AUGUUCCCACUAACUCGCAAUUGUCGUUUUACGAAAUUCAUCUUACCAACUCACUACAAUUUUCCCAUAAAUUCUUCAUUAAGAAAACGUUGCAUUACUUCCAUUACACCAGAAAUUUCAGUAGAUUAUUUAAUAAUUGGAGGCGGUGUGGUAGGAUUAUCAAUAACAGAAAGAUUAUCAAGACGUAAAGGAAAAUCUGUAUUAUUAGUUGAAAAAAAUUCAAGGCUAGGUGAAGAAACAAGUUCAAGGAAUAGUGAAGUAAUUCACGCAGGGUUAUAUUAUCCAAACGAUUCAUUAAAAACAAAAUUAUGUAUUCGAGGAAAACAUUUAUUAUACGAUCUUUUAUCUUCAACUUCAUCAAUUCCUUUUGCACGAGUUGGUAAAUGGAUAGUAGCGCAAGAUUUUGAAGAAGAGCAGUAUUUACGAGAACUUUAUGAAAAAUCAAAACAAAUACAAGUUGAAACGUAUUUUCUUCCACAAUCCGAAAUUUCUGCAAAAGAACCAUACAUUAGUGGAAAACAAGUUCUGGUUUCUCCCACGACGGGAAUAAUAGAUUCUCAUAGUUUAAUGAAUUAUUUUGAAUGGAAAAUUAAAGAGCAGGAAGGAGAUAUCGCAUUAAGGCAUAAAGUUGUUGAUAUAAAGAGAUGCUCACAGGAUAAAGGAUAUUUGGUCCAAAUUGAGAAUGAGAAUUUAAUAAUUACAAUACGCGCCAAUUCUGUUAUCAAUUCGGCCGGGUUGUUUAGUGAUAAAAUAGCAAAUUACAUUUUACCACCUACUCAUUAUUAUAAACUUUAUUAUGUUAAAGGUCACUAUUUUGCUUAUAGAAACAGAGAAAAUCCAAUAAAAGUGAACCGUUUAAUUUUUCCGGUACCUCCAAGGAACCUAACAAAUUUAGGUACUCAUUUAACUUUAGAUUUACAGGGUAAGAUAAGAUUUGGUCCUGACGUAUUAUAUCAAAAUAGUCCAAAUGAUUAUACCAUGAACCAUGAUAGAAUCCAUUCAUUUGUUGAUGCUAUAAAAACUUAUAUCCCAUCAAUUAAACAAGAACAUCUUUAUCCAGACUACACGGGAAUAAGACCAAAGUUGCAAGGGCCCGAAGAGCCUUUUAAAGAUUUUAUCAUAAAGGAAGAAAUCGAGCACGGGUUAAAAGGUUUUGUUAAUUUGGUUGGAAUUGAAAGUCCCGGUUUAACAUCUUCAUUAGCGAUUGCCGAAAUGGUUGAUGAAAUAUUAUUAGAUAAAUAA